GCGCACACAGACAGUAUGUAUUUCGUUGCUAAUCUUUCAAGAUAUGUAUGUAUCAGCGCUGUCAGCGCAAAUAAGUCAUAUUAUAUCUAUCAUAUAAAAGGAUAUAUUAGUGUUCUUAGUAAAUGUAUUAUUUAUUAUAAUUUUUGUGUCUUUGGAUUUGUCUUCCUCGGGAAGAAGAUAUUUUAUAAUAAUAAGUCACCUAUAAGCAAUUACAGACAACAACGACUUAUUCAGUUAGAACAAGAACUUGCAACAGAAACUCUUUUAAUCACAACUUUGCAGAAUGGAGAGCUAAGUGGAUAUGAUAGAACUAAUGGAUCUAUAGUGGGUACAGGCAUUGCUUUUGAUAUUUUAAACAUCCUUCAAAACAAGUACGGAUUUAACUAUUCCAUAGUUUUGCCUCAAGAUCAUGUAUUUUUGGGUGAUGCCAAAAAAGCAAACGUAAAAACCCUUUUGGAAAAAGAUCAAGUACACAUAGCUGUUGCCUUUCUACCAAUAAUAGAAAGUAUUCGCAAUGACAUAAUAUUCUCCACCAGUUUCGACACCGCAGAAUGGGCAGUUUUGAUGAACCGUCCCACCGAAUCCGCAACCGGAUCAGGCUUGCUAGCACCAUUUACAACACCCGUUUGGAUCUUAAUUAUUUUUUCUAUAUUAAUAGUAGGACCUAUCAUUUUCCUCAUGGUGCUAAUCCAGGGUCGAAUAUGCAAGUAUGAUGACAGUGAGAUUUAUUCUUUAUCAACAUGCAUGUGGUUUGUUUAUGGAGCACUGCUGAAACAAGGAUCUACUGUCAAUCCUAGAACAGACUCAACACGUCUUUUGUUCUCAACUUGGUGGUUAUUUAUACUGAUCCUCACAGCGUUUUACACAGCAAACUUGACAGCUUUUUUAACACUGUCCAAAUUCACGUUGCCUAUAACCGCACCGGAAGACAUAGGAAAAAACCAUCACAAAUGGGUGACCAAUAGAGCUAAUGCUGUGCGAGACCAAAUAAUAUCAGAAAGAGACGAUGAAAAUAUCUACAAAGAGACAUUACUGGAAAAAAUUGGCAGUGAUAGGGUAUUCGCCCCUGUUAAUGAUAAUGAUAUUCUUAACAAUUACGUUAAAGAUCGAAAAAUGAUGUUUAUAAGAGAAAGAACUGUUAUUAACCAUGUGAUGUAUAAUGAUUAUAAAGAUAAAGUAGUUAAAGGAGUGGACGAAGCCAAGCGAUGUACUUAUGUAGUGGCUAAUUUUCCAAUAGCGAAAUUUUCGAGAGCUUUCGCUUAUUCCAAAAGUUUUAAAUAUAAAGACUUGUUUGAUUUAGCUAUCCAGAGAUUAGUGGAAGGAGGUAUUGUGCAAUUCAAAUUGAGAGAAAACCUCCCAGAUGCAGAAAUAUGUCCCUUAAAUUUAGGAAGUACUGAAAGGAAACUCAGAAAUACCGAUCUCCUUCUUACUUACUACAUAGUAUGUGGAGGAUUGGCUGUUGCUACAUGUGUGUUUCUCAUGGAGAUAUUAUGGAGGAAGUGGGUGAAGCAUUAUCACUUAAGAAAACAACACGUUACAACGACAAACUGGUUUGAGGUACAUAAUAAUAUGAAAAAACCGAAGAACUUUUUCUCGGAGAAUAUCACUCCACCACCGUCUUAUCAAACGUUGUUUAAGCCUCCGUUUUCGUUCGUAGAAGAGGGAGGCUACAAGAAACAAAUUAAUGGGAGAGAUUAUUGGAUUGUUGAUAAAAAGAAUGGCUUUAGGCAAAUGAUACCACUGCGCACACCGUCUGCUUUGCUUUUUCAGUUUUCGAAUUAAUGCACUUUUGUGAAAAACUAAAAAAUAAACUAUUUUGAUGUA